AUGGACUACGACGUGAUUGCCAAUCAACCGGUCGUCAUUGACAAUGGAUCCGGAGUCAUCAAAGCCGGAUUUGCAGGAGAGCAACAGCCAAAGGUACUUUGCGUACUUUGGUAGAAUGUUCCAAUCGUUAUGGCAACUGUUUUUCAGGUCCGUUUCGCAAACUUUGUCGGACGGCCAAAGUACCACAGAGUGAUGGCUGGGGGAUUGGAAGGAGACGUCUUCAUCGGUGAGUUCUAUUAAUCUUAAUCACUGUGAGGUAAUGAAAACUUCAGGCCCAAAAGCGGAAUCGAACCGUGGCUUGUUUCCAUUGAGUACCCAAUGGAGCACGGAAUCGUCAACAACUGGAGUGAUAUGGAGAAGAUUUGGGAGUAUAUUUUUGGUCCUGAACAGCUACAAGUAAGCACACACCAUCAGUCGUCUCUGAAUCAGUUCAAUAUUAUUUCAGAUUUUCCCAGAAGAGCAUCCAGUCCUGCUCACCGAUGCCCCAUUGAAUCCCCUGAAGAACAGAGAAAAGUCUGCUGAGAUCUUCUUCGAAACGUUCAACGUACCCGCACUUUACAUUCAAAUGCAGGCAGUUCUUUCGUUGUAUGCUACCGGAAGGACAACCGGAGUGGUCCUUGACUCUGGAGAUGGAGUCACCCACGCCGUACCGAUCGUCAAGGGAUUCGCCAUGAAGCACGCGUAAGUAAAUAGAUCAUGAACUCACGCGUAAUGUACUGCUUCCAGUAUUCAACGAAUGGAUCUUGCUGGCCGUGACGUCACCGAGUACCUCCGUGUGCUGCUUCGUCGUGAAGGAUACGAGUUCCAUCGCAGCAACGAGUUCGAGAUUGUCCGUGAAAUCAAGGAGAACGCAUGUUAUCUCGCAUCCGAUCCGACAAAAGUAGAAAACAACGCAACGAAGGUGAGAAUCAGAAAAAGAUAAAUUACUCACUGGAAUCACAAUUUUCCAUUUUAUAGCUCACCUAUGCUCUUCCGGAUACCACCAAAGUAGAACUGUCAAACUCUCUGUUCCGUGCUCCAGAAGUUCUCUUCAAGCCCGACCUGAUCGGCACCGAAUGGCCGGGAAUGGCACAACUCGUCAAUCAAUCAAUCAUGGUCUGUUUAUGGUGUUGACUGCAACUUCUAACUGUGAUUCCUCUGCAGAAAUGCGACAUUGAUCUGCGACAAACGUUGUACAGUAACAUUGUUCUGAGUGGAGGGACUACACUGUUCAAGGGAUUCGGAGACCGUCUUCUCGGGGAGGUCCGAAAGAUUGCGCCGUCCGACGGAAAGAUCAGAAUAUCCGCAUCGCAAGAGCGCCUUUCUCUCACGUGGAUCGGAGGAUCGAUUGUAGCCAGUCUCGACACAUUCCGAAAGAUGUGGCUCGGAAAGAAGGAAUACGAUGACGUCGGACCGCAAGCGAUGCACAAGCGGUUCUUCUAA